UGGCGAUUUGGCGUCUCUCAAAUCUUUUAAUUAUCUCCUUACGUCCCUGGUCAGAUUUCUGACCCCUGGCUAGUUCACUGUGAUUACAGUUCAGUCCCCCCCGUCCGAUUGGUCAGUCCCUAUGAGCUAGUGGUCACUUCGGCUCCGCUCCCAGCUGGUAUUUAGGUGUUGGCGCCAAACUGUCCAUUCUUUCUUUCGACACAUUCGAGUCUUGUCACAAUUUAUGAUAGACGAACAUUACGAAUCUACGAUCAACGAAUACGAGAGCCCAGGUAUCCGGGCAAAAGAAGAUGAUUUAAAUCGUAGUUACCUGUGUAAAUGGACAGGUUAUCCACUGCCAAGUAAUUCUGUGAAUGGCGUAUGAAACAAGAAAUCAACCCCGAAAGGACUAUAAAGCCAUGAACGAAGGGGGGUCGCCAAUGUAUUCGUCUGGAGCAGAUAUGAGCUCUCAAACGUCGAACUUGGACAGUGACGAUGAUACGAUAACAGAAGCAGUACUGGAGGCAAGCGUCCAAGAUGACACCGAUCUGUUACACAAGAGCGCAAACGACCGGGAUGCGGAAGUGCGCGGUUUGAGGGACGAGUUGGAAAAGGCUAAAACCAGACGUUAUGUGAGGGAUCGAGAAAGGGAGAUUGCUGCCUUGAGGGAGGAACUGAGUAGGCUCGGGGAUGACGAUUCCUCGAGGGUGAAGCACACGAGUCGGAGAGACAGAUCUCGGACAAAAAAGGCACCCGUGGUGAGAGAAGCAACAGAUCCCGUCCUGGUGGCCUUGAAGAAGGAUUUAUCCUUUACAAUGAGAUCAGCCUUCGCCUCUGGCUCCCUAAGGAAUCUCCACACUCAGUGGAAAGCCUACUUCCUGUUUUGUGAAGUUUUCAACUUCCAGUCCCUACCCACAGAUACAAAUAUUGUGUGUCUUUUUAUCCAGUUUCUCAGUCGUUCGAUGCGCAGCACUGAUUCUAUUCGUAAUUAUGUAAGUGGGGUUAAAACCCUUCAUCUCCUUUCAGACAUUCCCUUUGUCGUGCGUCAGUAUGAAGUGAGUUUAGCCUUGAGAGGUAUAGCUAGACUACAUCCCCAUCUUCCCCUUAGGGCAGCGCCCAUGACCCCCCUCAUCCUUUUGGAUAUUUACCGAGUCUUAGACAUGGAGUCUCCAGCACAUACCAGUUUCUGGUGUUUGUUCUUGUUUGCCUUCUUCCUGUUAGUCAGGAAGUCCAACUUAGUGUCGGACUCUGUUCGUUCCUUUGACCCUCGAAAGCAGUUAUUACGCCGUGAUAUCUUGGCAGAUGAGAACCUGCUGCUUGUUGUGCUCAAAUGGUCCAAAACCAAUCAGUUUGGGCGCAAGUUGGUCAGGUCCCCCCUGAUUUCUAUCCCGGGGUCCCCCCUUUGCCCGGUUCAGGCCUUCCACAAUAUGUGUAGUUUAAAUCCUUCCAAGGCCGAUAGGGCUGCCUUUCAGUUAUCAGAAAAUGGGAAAAGUCGCCCUAUUACUUACCCUGUUUUCCACUCCUUCUUGAGAAAAGUGUUGGCUGAGGCAGGACAUGAUCCUGCUCCUUUUUCCUCACAUAGUUUUCGGAGGGGAGGGGCUACGUGGGCCUUUAGUUGUCAAGUUCCGGGGGAGACAAUCCAGGCCUUGGGAGAUUGGUCUAGUGAUGCAUACAAAUGUUAUCUAGAGUUUUCCCUCGAAGAUAAACUCUCGGUUUGCAGACACAUUAGAGAUUCCAUAGUCAUAGUGCAGGCAUGUAAUUAGGUUAGGAGUUUCCGGAGUGGGGGUAUUUUGGGGGGCCGGAGGCUUGGCGGGUUUAUUUAUUAGGAUUUACCCCCUUUUUCACUGGGAUAAGUUAGGCUUUUGAGUGUAAUAUUUGUAUUAUAAAUGUUGUCUCAGUUUAAAAUGUAUCAGUAUGUGAAGGAGAGUGGUGUACAAGUAGGAGUGAGGUACCUGUAGAUGUACCUGUAAUACAUCUGCAUGUAGUGAGUAUACUGAUAUUAUAUAGGACAAAUGAUGUACUUCUUGAUAUAAAUUUUGCAUCACUGUAUGAUAUUUAUGGGUGCAGUGCCUUAAUAUUUGUGAAUUUACAUAUAUGUGACACAGUUAAUUGGUUUCCUAUUUACUUGAUAUGGACUUUAUCUUCUGGAACCAAUUAAUAUCGUCUUUAUAUACAUUUGGCACUGCACCCAUUUUCUUGUGAAUAAUGUUGAUUUCUAUAAUAAAUGUUAACUGGCCUUUUUUGUCUGGUUUUGUUAUGGGCGGUUGGGUUG